UCACCAUGAUCACAGGUAAACAUUGAAGGUUUGUGAUGUCAAUUUCUAUCACUGUUUAUGAUAUUUUCUUGUAUUAUGGCAUCGUCAAUGGCUACUUGUACACCAGUGUGCGCGGUAUGCGAUCUUCGACACCAAACUUCGACGUCAACUCAUUGGUGUAUUCAGUGUGAGGAACCAUUAUGUUCUGGCUGUAGAGAACAUCAUAAUGUUUCAAAGGCAACAGGAAAUCACCAAACUAUUUUUAUUUCUGAUUACCAAUUAUUACCAGCUGUUGUAACCGACAUCAAGCACCAUUGCGUUUAUCACAGUGAGAUGUAUCAACUUUACUGUAUUAAUCACGAUAGUCCAAUAUGCAACAAGUGUGUAAAGGAUCAUGGUAACUGUGGGAAAAUAGUGUCACUUGAUGAUAGAGUAAGGGACAUCAAAACUUCAGAGUCCUUUAUUGACCUAGAGCAGAACAUUGAGGACCUACUUACUUAUAUCAAUCUAAUUCGUAAAGAUAGAGAAUCUGAUAUAGAUAGUAUUACAGAUCAAAAGAAGAAAAUAUCUGCACAAGUUUGUCACUUAAAAAAACAGGUCAUCCAGCAUAUCAACAAACUUGAAGAGGAGUUCAUAAAAGAACUUAACCAAAUUGAAUUCACUUGCUGCGACACCGUUCGGUCGAUUGUGUCUUCACUUCAAGAUCAAACAAAGAAAAUAAAUCAGAUGAAAUCAGAAAUCAAGAACACGAAGAAAUACGCAUCAGAUCUGCAAGCAUUCCUAUGUAUGAGGGAAAUUCAGGCGAAAACCACGGAAUAUGAAAAGCAUCUACAGUCUAGUAUUGAAAAUAAGAAUCACAAUAAAAUCAACAUAGAAAGUGCAACCAAUACUAAAAUACAGGAUAUUCUGAUGGUUGAUCAAUUUGGUUUCAUUGAAGUCAAGAAAAGUCAGUCUACUGACAUAAAUCUAAAUAGGAGAAAAGAAAGACAAGCCCAAAUGAUGAUCCCCAAAGAGGUAGUAUUAAUUAACAAUGUAAAACUUGUAUUUAAACGAAAAGUUCACCAAACUUGUAUAUACCCUACUGGAUGCUGCGUUACAAAAAAAGGUGAAUUUCUGUUUACAGAUUUCAAAGAUACCAAUGGAAGAGUUAAAGCAGUUAAUGCCGAAAGUGGAGUUGAAUAUACCAUCCAACUUCAAAAACCAUACCGCGCGUUUGAUCUAGCGAUCUUAGAUGAAACUACAGUAGCUGUAUCCACUAGACAUUUAAGUAAAAAGCCAGGUAUCAGUAUUGUUGAUCUGAUUAAGAAAAAGGUGAAAAAGUUCAUUGACUUACCAGGUGAUCCUUACGGAAUUACUUAUGACGGUAAAUCAUUGAUCUGCUGUGUCUUAGAUAAAGACUUGCAUGUAAUAUCUUGUUCAGAUUACAGUAUCACUACAAUCGCCAACACAGUCUCAUCGCAGUUAUCAUACGUCUCAACGCAUGCCGACAAGAUGUUCUUUACAAAUCCAGAUACACAAAAAGUAACUUGUUGUUCAUAUAGUGGAGCAAACAUAUGGGAGUUCAAGGAUAAAAACAUUUUAGAUGGUCCCCAAGGAAUAACCGUGGAUAACAACAGAAACGUGUUUGUUGUUGGAGACAACACAUGUAAUGUGGUUGUCAUAUCUCCUGAUGGAAAACAGUUCAAACAGAUACUGACCAAGGAAGAUGGUCUUAACAGGCCAACAACACUUUUCUUUGACGAAGUGGGGAAGCAGCUGUUAGUAGCAAAUGGAACCUAUUUUGCAAAUGUUUAUGACAUUUCUUACUUCUAAAUGAAAUAUUAUCACCCAAGGAGACAUUUGUCGUAUCAUUGUUAUUUUAGCUGUCAUUUCCUUUCUAUUGAAUGUCAUGUCCACCAAUCGUCCGGGAUUGAUUUCUGCUGAAGUUAAACACACGUUGUGCUAUGUGAUAUAAAGAUGCUUAUAGAAAACUGAGUCAUUUAAUUAUAUCUUAUGGUAUGGUCUAAACACAAGAGAAAGAAUAUAUUAUCUAUAUAUGAUUGCCGAUUUAGGUAAUAGGUUAAUCAAUAAAAGUUAUACACCA